GUUUUAAAAAAAAGGUCAUCUAUCUAUAGAGAAAAAACAAGGAAAUAAAUCAGGCCACUAUAAAACAAUACACAGGUCAGCAGCUUGCUCACCAGCGGAGCAAGAACCAGCAUCUAUAGGGAGCAGAACAUCCUGUGCCUGUUAGCAAAAUCAUUUUCUUUGGAUUAUGGAGCAAAGGAACCUCUAUUCCAUGCAAAUGGUGGACAGAGAGAACUGUCCUCCAUGUCAGCCCUCGGCUGCGUGGCCGGUGGCCCUUCAAGAACAGGGGCUCAAGAAGAAACUGGGCUGGCUGAAAGUGUGCCAUGCUCUGACUGUCAUCAUGUUUUUUCUCAUUCUGGCUGGCCUACUGUCUGGCAUAUGUUAUUUACACCGACUCCAACGAGAAGUUGAACAAGUGAAGCAGAUGAUCGACGCCCACCCACAGAAUAGUGCUAAGAAGCAAAUUGGUGCUGGGAACAUGACCAAGCCAAAGCAUGUGGUUAAAAUGGCUGCUCAUCUAACAGGAAAAGCAUCAUCUAAUCAUUCCAAUAGAUUGACGUGGGAGGCAUCCCUGGGCCAUGCCUUUACAGAUGGGAUUACGUACAAGGAUGGAGCGCUGAUCAUUAAUGAAGCUGGAGAGUACUUUAUUUACACAAAAAUCUUUUUCCGCGGAGCACAAUGUGAGGCUGUCCCGCUGUCCCAGUCUGUAAUCACGCGUAAUAUUAAUUACCAGAAUGAUCUGAGCUUGAUGGAAAACAUCCUGCUAAACUAUUGCAGUGGCACUGGACCAUGGGUGAAAAAUAUCUUUCAGGCCGGAAUAUUUCAUUUGAAUCGCGGAGUACAGCUAUUUGUCAGUGUGUCCCAUCCAAAAAUGGUUAGCACUAAUGAGCUAAUGACUUUCUUUGGACUCUAUAAGCUUUAGGGCAUACUUGUAUUAUCCAAAUGACCGCUGAACACACCAAUGGCCUUUGAACUUCAAGUCAUGUGACACAGGGACGUUCAAAUGUUUGAUGAAUCUUUGGCCUUUUGUUUUUCUUGCAAGCUUUUAAGAAAUUUCUGAAACAGCAUAGUAUUUGAAGUUUAAGAAGUCUAUGAAAGAUUAAAAAAACCUAGCAAUUGAAAUGUGAAAUGCAUGCAACUAUAAUAUUUAGUUCCAAUUUUCAUUCCUCCUGACUUAAAGUUGAGGUACAGUUCAAUGGAUGUGAAUAGCCUUCCAGUGUCUCAUAUAAGUGAUUAUUUUUCAUGUGUGAGGCUAAAUAGUGUGUACUAUGGAACUAUUUUUCUUCAGAAGUGAGGCGCAUCAUCUUUGAAUCCCUUCACCUGACGUUCAUCUCCCACCUCAACUCAAUAAUCCUUAAAACUUUUGCCUAACAGAAAUCUAACAGUCGCAGUGUUAAAAUUGUCAUCUUUAUGUGGGAGAGAUUACCUCCUGUGCUUUCUGAUUUCAGCCUUGAAUGACCCGAUUCUAAAUUUAAGGUUAAACCCUCUUGUUCUGGUAAGUCCGACACAGAAGAAACAGCUUGUCUCCACCCUGUUGAACUAUCUAGUCUUCUUAAAAAUUACCGUUAUGCCCAUCACGUGCUCUUAGGAUCCACAACUGACCUCUUAAUUUAACCCCUUUACCCUUAAUAUCAUUCUGGAGAUUCUCCAGUGCCUGCAAUCCAAUGCCAAUAUAUCUUUCCUAAGGUGUCGUGUCCAGAAAUGAAGAGGCAUUUAAUCAGAACAUAACGUCUACUCCUUGUACUCUAACUCACUUUAGACAAUUCUAUGUUGAUUUAUAAUUACAUUCCGCAUUGGCCCGCCAGCUUGGAUAUGUGGGCCUUUAAAUGUAUCUGUUCUUUCACUGUUCCCACCUUUUCACAAAGUGCUUCAUAGAUGAUCAGGAGGACUGAGUAAUGUAAAGAUGGACACUCCACCUUGACACAUGUGGAUAAGGAGCACUAAAUCCUGUGAAAUUUAGGAGUUUACACCAUGAUGGGAUUGCCUCAGAGUAGUGUGCAGGCAAUCUCAUUAUCGCAAGUACAGUUUUUUGAUUUCUGUUUUAGACACAAUAGGCCAAUGGCCCACCCUUUCCUACUGCAAAUGUCAACAGUGUUUCUGUAAUUUGAUGGUGGGAAAUGUCACAAAUUCAAGAUUAGUUUUGAAAUUUUCACAAAAACAGUUGAAGCAGGAAUUCAUCACUUUAUAUAUAAAACAUGUCACACCUUCUUAAAGAUUUAGUUUGAAAUAGGUUUAUGAAAUCCAACUGCUUUCCCCUCUUUUUCUUCAGUGAAGGACUUUCAAGGCUUUCCAGUUCUUCUACUUUCUACUAUUGUAAGAUGUGGCACCAUGGCAACGUCUCUAUCCUUGCCCUCUGCAAUUGACAUUCACUCAGAGCCUAUCCAUGUCUGCUUCACUCAUGCAGUGGCAUUGCUCGAUGCAUCAGGACGCUGCACCAUUGCAUUGUGUGUCUUGACAUUUAAGGUACCACACAUCAGAUUUUGCUUAAAUGCACCCCGUGUGAACCAAGUAAUGAUGUUUUUCAACAUCAACCACAUUCCACACAAGUGAAUGUCGAGAUGGAGUUCGGGGCUGAUUUUCAUACUGCUUUUUAAGUGUAGUAAAUUUAACCAUUUUGCAUAUGUUGGUUAAAUGUUAAAGGAAAGAUUUCAGUUUUAUUUUCACUUUAUUCUUCAUUUUACAGUUGCAAAAAAGGUUUAGA